GUUGAUGUAGAACGUAUAUCUCUAUUGGAGAGAGACCUAGCCUCUACCACGGAACAAAAAGAUCAACUUGAGCAGAUCUUAGUAGAGAGCAACACUAUGCUACAAAGAGUCACACAGUCCAUUGAAGGCAUUAGUACUCCGACUGAUCUCUUCUUCAAUGAGCCAGAGAAGUUAAGAUGGCUCGCUGGAUAUCUCAGUGAUAGUGAAAUUUCAAAGACACAAAUUGAACAAGAACUGAGGAGUGUAAACGACGAAGCCAGUUCAUUGGCCAGCAAAUUGUCCGAAGCCCAGGCAGUGAUAAAAUCACUUGAAGAUGCCUUAUCGGUUGUAGAAAAAAGCAGGUCUGAUCUCUUGGAUGAGAAGAAAGAACUUGAGGUUUCCAAGGCUCUCUUGGAGGAAGAGCUGCAGAAGGAAAAAGAGAAAGCUUCUUCAUAUACAAGCAAGUAUGACGAGCUUCUUGUGAGUUCAAAAGCACUUGAAGAUGCUCUGUCAAUAACAGAGGACAAUGUUUCCAGGUUAACGAACGAGAGAGAUGUAGCGGUAGAAGGCAAAUCUCUUGCUGAAGAGCAACUAAAUAAAUUAAAGGAGAUGCUUUCUGUCAAUGUUAAAAAACUGGACGACGCCGACAAAAUUAUCCAGUCCCUUGAAGAUGAAUUGUCUCAGGCACAGAAGAAUGCGUCGCUACUUGUUGAAGAAAACAGUAAAGUUCAAACUGGCCAAGCUGAUUUGGAUGGUGAGAUAAAGAGAAUUAGAGAAGAAGCUGACUUGCUUGCUACUAAGCUUGCUGAAUCCUCCGUAACAAAAUCGCUUGAGGGAGAAUUACUAAAUUCACAGAAUAACAUGGCAGAUCUGGUUCGGGAAAAAGAAAAUGCUGAGAAAGAGAUAAAUUCACUUACCUCUAAACUGGAAUCUUGUAUGGAAGAGUUAUCUGGCAACCAAAGUAGCAUACAGAGUCGGAGUUUAGAGCUCUCUGGUCAGUUUGACAGACUUCAGUUACUUCUAAAAGAUGAUACGCUUUCAACCUUGCUUGGGCAAUGUUUCCAGAGAAAAUUUGAGAGCCUAAAGAGCUUAGAUUUUCUAAUUAAAGAGAUCUGGAACUGUUCCCUGGAGAUGGACUCUGAUAUGCCGCAAAACAGUCCUAUCGUGAAGGAUGAUUCGCUCCUUUCAACUACUUUCCCGUCUAACACUGAUAUUGCUCCAAACUUGGAAUUGUUGAAUGAUGAGGGAAAUGCAGUCGAUGGUGAGAGCAUGUUUGACAUUGAGAACAUGGUGAAAAGAUAUCACGUGAGAAGCAAAAUUCUGGCUGAUAAUUUCAAUAAGUUGUCCGCACUUUUUGAUGAAUCUAUGGAUGCUAUGUUGAGAGGGUUAAACUUAAGGAAGGACGAAAUAGUCAAUGCCAUGAAAUAUACAUCCUCUCUCAAAGAUCAAGUCAAGGAAAUUGAAACAGAUAAGAAGAGACAGGAGGAUACUAUAGUGUCACUGGAACGUGAUAUCAGAAGUUUGGUGUCUGCUUGUACUGAUGCCACUCAUGGAUUGGAGUUGAAUAAUAAGGAAGUUGUGUCCAAGCUGAUAUCUAUUGAUGAAUUGGUAAACCUAGAUGGCAGAAUUCCCAUGGAUUCGGAAGCAGAUAUUGAUGAUGAAGAGAUAACACUUGCUACUGACCAUGUAAAGACGGCUCAGAAGCUAAUACUUGCUGCGAGACGGAAUCAAGAUCUUGGUAUGGUGUUUCAGGAUGCUAUAAGUAAGUUGAUGGAUAUGACAGGGAAUAUGCAGAACAAACUGAAGGCUCAGAAGACUUCCGAUGAAAUCUUGGAAGAGAGAGAUCUAUACAAAGAUAAAAUCUUGAAAUUGGAGACUGAUCUGAAAGUACAGCAAAGCUUGCAUACUGAGAUGACUAUCAAACUAGAAGAUAUGCAGAGCAUAGAAGCAGAAUUGUCUUCUUCAUUAUCCAAAUUUCGUGAUAGAGAAGCAGAAUUGUCUUCUUCCUUAUCCAAAUUCCACGAACUGGAGGAGACUUUAUCGGCAUCUCAAGUUAAAUCCGUUCUUGAUAAAAUAAAACUGAUCAAUGUACCUGAUGGUGCAUUUGUGUUCGGAGAUUCAGAUAAGUCAGCCAGUGUAAGAAAGCUGUUCUAUGUGAUAGAUAGUUUUAGUGACUAUAUGGAGAAGGUAAGCUCGCUAUCUCAUCAGAAUGGAGAGCUUCACUCAACCAUUGAUAAGCAGAUACUCGACAUUGAACAGCUGAAGAGGCAAGUCGAAGAGCAUGCAUCCAAUGAGAAAAAUUCCGAUAAGCUGAACAAGUUGUUAGAGCUGGAAUCAGGUUUACAGCUUAUUGCGAAGAAGCUGGGUGCCGGUGAUGUGAUGGAUGAUUCCAAAGUAAAUGGGGAAUUAUGGCUCCUUCCCUUGCUCGAAAAACUAGUUGUAGCCGUGAUGCACGAAUCUGAAACUUUGAAGCUAAAAAAUGAAGAUCUUAGUGCUAAACUGCUCGGGGCCCAAAAGGCUGUGGAUGAUUUGUCGAACAAGGUUAAAUUACUAGAAGAGACUAGUAAAUCGAGAGCCAUUCUACCAGAGAUAGACCGGGAAAGAGGAAAAUCCAUAGCUUCCUUGUCUACUCAGACGGAGAUAGCAGAAAUGCAAGAUGUGGAAGGACUUGGCAACAGCAACAACAGUCCUGUUUCAUCUGCUGCCCAUGUGCGCCCAUUGAGGAAGGGUUCUGGCGAUCACCUUGCUAUCAAUAUCGAAUCUGAGUCCGAACGGUUGAUUAAUGAUAAGGGACGCGAGGAAGAUAAAGGUCAUGCAUUCAAGCCGUUGGUUACUUCUGGUAUGAUUCCUAGACAGGGGAGAACAGUUGCAGAUCGCAUUGAUGGAUUCUGGGUGAACGGGAGUCGAGCUUUGAUGAGUCAUCCGAGAGGAAGGUUAGGAGUCAUUGCGUACUGGCUCGUCUUACAUAUUUGGUUAUUCGGCACAUUAUUGUGACAAGCAAGGAAGCAAAGCAUACAGCAGUGAUUGUAGGAUAGAUUAUAAGUUGUUGUUUAUGUUAGACACUUUCCUAUAUGUAAAUGUAAAUGUUCCAUCACUCACUCUCCCAAUUUGUUUCUCUGCAAUCGAAUAUUAGGGAUUCAGAGAUUUUAGCCCAGAAAUUGUUCUUGCUUCAGUCAGGGAAUAAAUUUGGUGUUUCAGAAUGAAUGAAGCAUACGUAAUUAUUGA